UAAGCCCACCAGGUCGAAAUCUUGACACAAAAACAGAAUCAACAGCGCAAUCGAGACGAGUUUCGUAUACGUCACGUCGUCGGCGCGCUGUUGGUGGCUGGCCAUUGUACAUCUGGCAGGCUCUGAACAGCAUCGUCGCAGCUACGCAAACGCGCUCUUACCUGCUGUGGGUCAGGGCAGAAACCACGGAGAAGCAAUAGGAUUACUGCCAGCAGAUCGGUCCGUGUGUGUUUGAGUGCCCGCGCGAGCAAAACAACUCCUUCCGGGUGUUGGUGGAGCACGAUUACCAGCCGUACGGAUGGAGUUUGCAGAACUCAUACUGACGCCCAAGCUCGAUGGCGUGCUCUUGUACGAUCAGCUUAGCGAUCGACCCAUCGACGGAACGCUCUGCGUCACUGGCCACCAUUUGAUACUGAGCACCCGGAAGGAAGGGGCCCAAGAGCUGUGGCUGCUGCACCAAAACAUCGAUCUCGUCGAGCGGAAACCGAACAUCGUCAACAACGUCCUCGAGGGUGGCACCAUCAUACUGAAAUGCAAAGAUUUGCGCAUCAUUGCGUUGAAAAUUGCCUCCCCCCAGGAGUACUUCAACAUUUCCAACUCUAUCGAACAGCUGUCGAACCUGGAGGAAACACGCAUGCUGUACCCGUUCUUCUACAUCCCGAUGUACAACAUCCUCGAGGACGGACACUCGCUGUACCGGCCCGAGCAGGAGUUUGGCAAGCUGCUCGCGAACGGAGACGGCGAGUGGCGACUGACGACGGUGAACAGUACGUACCAGGUCUGUCCAACGUACGGCGCUCGGCUGGUGGUUGCCCGCUCCAUUACCGACGAACAGAUCGUGCAAUCGGCCGCCUUCCGCGAUGGCGGCCGGUUUCCGGUGCUCUCCUAUCGGCACGCGAACGGUGCGGCCAUGCUGCGCAGUGCCCAGCCGCUGGCAGCGCCGGGCGUUACGAAGCGUUGCCGGGCGGACGAAGCCAUCCUGAAUGCGGUGCUCGGUCGGAGCAAGAAGGGCUUCAUAUUCGACACGUGGGCGAAGGGCAAGAGCAGCACGACCGAGACGGAUCAGCACUACUCGCAGUGGAAAAAGGUGACGCGGCCGAUCGGGCAGUUCAGCUCCGUGUCGGCGUUGUUAGAUAGUUUUAUCAAAUUGAUGGAAGCGUGCAACGAUGUGCAGUGCAGCUCGGACAAGUGGCUGUCGCGACUGGAAAUGUCCGGCUGGCUCGGGUACGUGCUGAACGCGCUGAAUGCGGCCUGCGUGGUGGCGCAGUGUCUCGACCAGGAGGGCAGCCCCGUGCUGGUGCAUGGUGGGAAAGGUCUGGAUACUACGCUCGUAAUAACCUCGCUGGUACAAAUCAUCCUUAAUCCCGACAGCCGCACGAUAAGGGGACUGCAAGCGCUCAUCGAUCGGGAAUGGCUGCAGGGUGGCUACCCGUUUUCGACGCGCCACAAACACUCCUGCUACACGCCCACCAACCUGCGACGCAAAAGCUCGAGCGCCACGUUUCUGCUCUUUCUCGACUGCGUUUAUCAACUGUACGCUCAGUUUCCCUGCAGCUUCGAGUACGACCAUCGGCUGCUGGUGACCCUGUUCGAGCACAGCUACUUCAGCCAGUACGGUACGUUUUUGGGCGACUGCGAGCGUGACCGGGUGCAGCUGAAGGUAACUACGCGCACCACCAGCCUGUGGUCCCACCUUAACCGGCCGGAGGUGGUGAAAUCCCUGCUCAACCCGCUGUACGAGCCGAAUCCCGCCGUCAUAUGGCCGUCGGUCGCACCGCUCAGCAUUGUGCUGUGGUCCGAGCUGUACACGCGCUGGUCGAUCGAUCAGUCGCAGCUGAAGAUCAACUUCGGCCACAUUCACGCGCUGGUCAGCCGGGAAAAGGAUCUGCGCAGCAGGGUGGUAAAGUUACGCCGCCAGCUUGCCGAUCUGCAGCGCGAGUAUCAGAUCGUGCGCGGUGAGAAAAAUGGCAACAGUGACGAGCUGCUGCACGCCCGGCACGCGGAAAUGGACGACCCGGGAGACGACGGCGAUGAGGAAAGCGUUUCGUCCGACGCGUUGGGCUCUAGUAAGUAGAGUGCGGUAGGAUAGAACAGAAGGCCUUACUCGGCAGUGCACGAGAUAUAUGAUACGUUAGAACGUUUAGGUUGCUGCCGAGAGGCAGUUCGUACCUUUUCUUUAUUAACGGGGCCACUAUGCUAGUCUGCCUUUCUUUUUUUUUUGUAGUGGCGAAUCUGUUCAACAUCCUGUAUUGUGCACAUGUCUGCCCGAGGGCGAUCUCUUUUGUUUUGGAAGUAUGUUAUUACUGCCACAUCGUAGUGUAUGUGAUAUUUAAGCGCAUUUUAAACAAUUGUUUUAUAACGUUUGCCGUUACACAUGCCUCUCAUGUAAAGCGGAUCCAUUGCAGUUGUGACACCGCUAUUCGGCAAUCUAAUCGAAACUUAUGACACUUCAAACGUAUUGCAAUUCAUUUCUGGGAGACAUCCUUUCCCCUCAGUCAAGCGGAGUCCUCAGUUUGGAGUAGUUUUGUGAGUUUUUUGAGAAUGCAAAUGCAAUUAUUCGUUUGUAGGGUAUUUUUACGACGAUUUCGCGCCUUACCUGCUGGACCCCGGUGAAAAUCAAACAGUUAGUGAGGGUUAGUCCAAGCUUUAUCAAAUAUUUUACUCAAAGCGUUGCAUAAGGCUAUAACCUCUGUACCUGGUGCUAAAAGUCCCUCUAUUGCUAAACAUUGAUUUUAGUCAAGCUUAGUUAAGCUUAUUAAACAAUUUGGAAUGCAUUGCUCGCGACAGGCUUUAAAGCUUUUCGUUCGCUUAAGUGUACAGAUAACCUUGGCGGUACAUAUCGUGUAAUAUGGCCUGUCCUGCAAGGCUACUGCUGCUACGUGUGUAUUCUAUUUGUUCAACGAACAACGGGCAUGGAAUAAUUAAAGCAUAAAAAAAUGACUCAAAAAAGACAUUUUCUAUUACAAGAUACGUAGCAAUGGGUUGUUUAAACUUCCUCUUCGCUCUAUCUGGGCAUAAAACAAUCACUCAAAUUUCUGAUAAUGUUUUUGCUAUACGUCGUACACCGUAUUGUGUUCAAUGGUAGCAAUAAUUAUUGCUUAAUUGCUCCUUUUUGAAUAUAUUGAAUUUAUCAUUCAGUUUCCUCGUUCAUUCAUCCAAUUUUUUUUUAAACAGCCACCCAAAUUUCUGAUAAUGAUGUUGCUGUACGAUCCAGUUAAAUAAUUCAAAGUUUUUUGGAACUGAGCAGAUAGUUUUGCGUGUGCUCAUUAUAUCGCUUCUUUUUUAGCUACAUAUCUUUGACUCUUAUUGGAAACACGUGUUCCUUGUUGAGAAUGUCUUCUUCAGUGGAUUCACUCCCAACUCUCAUUCGCUUUCUUCGUUGGGGAUGUAUUGUUCAUAAUAUUUUGGCUCUAUGUCACGGUCGCCAUGUACUAUCCACCAUUUGGUAUAUGAUAUGUCCGAACUACUCGGACUAUUGCACACAGGUUCUAGUUUUAAGAUAUGUAUUUUGAAGUCAACUAAAGAGUGAGUGAGUGAUGGUUGCUAUGUAUUACCAUUGCAUUUUCGUUAUCCAUUAUCCCUGUGGUAACUGGGAUCCAACAGUAUAGAUUCAGGGUUAACAAAUGGAUAUCAUCGGCUAAUCGAGAGAAACUCGGACUCAGAACACUUAGCACUUCACUUAAUAUUUUUACGCUUUUAUUUGCUUAACGUUUGUGUCACAUGAGGUAUCGAUUUGGCGAUUCCAAUUGGAACUUGGCUUCCUCGUUCGGCGGAUCCCUAUUAAUACUGAAUGGUGUAGGAGGCUGUAGGAGGCUUAUCGUGCGCAUAGAAUUUCUCUUCUUCAAAACUACUCCAAAUCGUUGAAGCGUAGCGAUACAUAAUGUUUCGAUUAAGAAUUGUACUGCAUUUUAUACUUAAAAGCUGCCAUGCGUAUUGCUCUAUGAGUGCUUGUGUGUAUAGUAAAACAUAUAAAACAUCGUUGAAAGUGUGUAGCUCCAAGCAAAACAAACAAAAAAAAACAUUCUUUCGCGCUAUGUAUUUAUAAAUUUCAAAUCAACUCAGCGGACAUGUGCACAAUGUUCUUAUCAUAAGAUAAAAGAUAAAAAAAAGACAUGGUCAAUACUUACGAGAAUAAUGUAUUUGCAUAGGUAUGAUAGGUAGUUUAAGUAAGCUUGCUGUAUUAAAUCGAGAGCAAAAGAACAAGCAACAACAAAGGAAAAACAAUAAGAAACCGAUAUCCUUCAGCAGUGAUGUGUGGUUAGCAAUCGUGUUAGCACUCGUUGUCAAUUGUAAAAUGUGAGGAAAAUAGCAACAGAAAACGUAUCAUGAAACUCCUUGACUGCUACUGCGCGAUAGUUAACACAUCUGUUGCAGAUCUACUAGCUUGUCUUGUAGCUAGUCGACCAUUCGGGCUGUACACAUUCCUUUACCCUUUUAAUCAAAUCCCAAUUCAUUGGGCGUGGAUGGUAUCGAUGUGAAUCACUCUUAUAAUGUGUAAACCAUUGCAACAUGACAAAAUCAAAAUAAUUACCGAUAAGAAGAGCUUAGUCCGCACUAACAAAAAAAAAGGUCACACAUCACCACGGUCGUCCUGCGAAGCCACUUUUACUACUCUCACUCUACUAAAUGACGUCCUUUUUAAUAAAACGCUCGCCUUAUAUUCAUCUGCUGUGGAUUCAAAAUAAAAAAAAAAACAAAAGCGCAAAGAGGCAACGCAAAAGUUGUCGGAUGGAGUUUUAAAGCUGUAAGCAAAGGUAAAAUCGACUACCUAUACCCGGUUCCCCCUAUCUCCUGGUCGCCGUGUAGUACUCCUGACAAAGUCUCUCUCCGACCUCCCCGUGUUCUACCACAGGACAAUAGCAUUUUAAACGAACAGACAGACAGACAGACAGACAGACAGAGGCCUAUCGAAUCGGAAACCCAUACCAUUGAGCAUAAUGUAAUAAAAACAAAUGUUAAUUUUACUAUCAAA